AUGUCAAUCAGAUCAGUAGAGCUGAUUCAAGCCAUCAUCAACUUGAAAUACUGGGCACCUAUUUGCGAAAGACAUGCGGAUGAUCCUUACUGGCUUCAAGUCAGUUAUGUAGUGAGCGGAAAGAACGUCUCACGCGAAACUUUGAGAGAACUUGGAUCUACGUUUUUUCUUGCUGAGAAAUCAUUCGGGAUCACCACCGGCCCUUAUCUCAGUGUUUCUUGGAGCGAGUUGCCCCCAACCCUACCUGAAUGGUGGCGAAAACCGAUGACAAGUCCCACUGAUCGUAUGAUCUGCGGUAUUAUAGAGAUCAGAGGAAAGCUUUUGACAGCUUUAGGAAAACAUUCGCUUGUAGAUAGAAGCCUUUCAGCCCUGUUGGGCUGGCACUCGGAUGCAUUCGGGAUUCUUGAGACUACUGGGGAUCUCCGAUGUACCCCAGACGGCUCACCCUCGUCACAGUAUCUUCCGAUUCUCGAUUUCUACAUGAGCCAUUCACUGUUGGUGCUCAGCGCGACCGCGUUGAAGGAUAUGAAACCCCUUGACAAAAAUGAAGCAUCCGCAGAGAUAGCAAUCGUCACUGAAAGGACAUUCAAAGUCGCCUCGAGGGCACUCAAUGUCAUUCUCUAUGAUGAGAUUCUGCAUGAGUUGAUACUCGGAAUCCAAAAUAACAUGUACAUCAUGAUUGCUCACGCCAUCACCGAGAUAAUUCAGGCUAUCAAGCGCGGCUGUAUCGCACCCUCCGAUGUAAUUGAGGCAGCGACUAAGGUUAAGGCGACUUCGACACGACUGGAGAAGCUAGGCCAACAACUGCCCUCCUCGUCCCCAAUCCAUCUAGUUAAAGGCCUCGCCCGUGUUUUCGCAACAGAACUGAGCAGGAUGCUGAAGUCCAAAGAAACUGCUGCCGCCCAAGACGAGGAGGAAAACGCGGAGGAGCCGCCAGAUUGGCUUAAAGCAUUCGAUGGAGGAUCAUUAGACUCUGCUGCAUGGUUGGACAUAGGCUUUCUGAGCUCUGGGCAGCCUCUCUCCGAUUCUACUCAAUUCACGGGCGCUGAAGGCCUCAACGGGCUAGUUUUUCCCUAG